GAAUACAUAGUGGUAUAGUUGUAUUAAUACAAUGUAUAAUCUUUUUCAUAAUAGUAGUUAAGAGUUGAAAAUUUCAAAAAAAAAUUUCAAAAAAUUUCAAAUUUCAACUUUAUUUAAUAAAGUUAGUUUAAAAUAAAAUACUAAUGGAGAACUCAAAUAUUGAACAUAUUGAUGUAAGCACUGUGGUCGAAGAAGUUACUAAAAUAUUUGGAAAAGACGGUAAAAACAAACUAAAAACGUUGGUGAGGAAUGAAAAAGUCUAUCCAGACAAAGAUAAGUUGAAAGACGAUAUGGAAAUAUUAGCUGACAAAUUAAAAUUUGAUGAACUAUUAAACGUAGAAAAAAUGUAUUUUGAAAAUGUCGAAUCUUUUAAUUCAAGCCAUUUAAACGGACACAUGAUGUUUUCGGAAUUUGGUACGAUAUAUUCUAGGAGUAAUCUGGCAACUGUGAAAUCGAUCCACAGUAUACAAAAUGAUGGUGGCGUCUAUCAAUAUGAAGUACAACUAAAUUCUAAUGGACCGAUGCGUAUAGGAUGGGCUACUCAGAUGUGUGCAUUUACUGAUGAGCUGGGAGUAGGAGAAACAGAAAAUUCGUAUGGUUUUGAUGGUUAUCGCUUAGAAAAGUGGAAUAUGUCUAAUGCGUGCACAUACGGUCGAAAAUGGAGAGUCGGAAAUAUAAUUGGUUGUACUAUUGACUUGGGAAAAAAGUCUAUAGAAUUUUUCAAUAAUGGUGAAUCACUUGGUGUAAUAGUUGAAGAGUUAAUAAACAAAGAUAACUUAACGUAUUUUCCUGCAUUAACUCUUUCCGAUGAAGAAAAUGUGGUUGUUAAUUUGGGCGAGAGACCAUUUAAAUUUCCAAUAUUGAAUUCAAAACCUUUAAUUACUAGCCCAAUAGCCCUAAUAAAUUAUUUCAGACGUCUUGAGAAAAAUAUUUAUUCUCUAAUCGAAAGUCAAAUCAAUCUAAAUAAAAAAAAUACGAAAAAUAAUUUGAAACACUACGACAAAAUAAGAAUUAACAAUAUUAUAAAAAAUAUAUUAUUUCAUCAGUUUGAGCAUUUAUUGAAAAAUCAAUUUAUUGUAGAUAGUUGCUUUAUAUUAUUUUUAAGGAAUUUGAACAAAAGAAGUCCUGAAAAACUUAUAGUAUUCCUUGAGUUGAUGUGGGAAAAUAUACCUAAAUAUAGAAUGGUUUCCAUCAUGAAUUAUUUAAUAUUUUGUCUACUUUGUGAUUUUAAAUGUACUUGGAGAAAUCGAUUUGACAUAUCUCAUCAAUCAGAAGUACUCAAACUUUUAACUGCAAUUUGUCGAGAAACCAACACUAGAAAAGAGGCAAUUGUAAAUAUUUUUUUCGACAAGAUUAAAUUUGCUCACUUUUUACACAUUAUUUCUCCGUCUGAUGAAAUGCUUGAAAAAAUGAUACCACGUGUAUAUUGGAGUAUAGAAAAUGUAGAAUUGUCGGAAGAUAUGCAAAAUAAAUUGAUAAAAAAUUUCCCUCAGGAUUAUAAGAAAUCUAAAUCUGCUUACAAUGAAGCCAGCGAAAAACUCAAAAAAUUAUUGAAUCAAUUAGAAAAACUUCAGAUAAUUUUUCUUAAAACCUUAUUAAAUGACAAUGAUCAAACUGAUACAAUAGUGAGCUCCAGAGUUUUAUUUAGUAGACGAUUUCAAAGUUUUACCCAAGAAAACAUGAUUUAUUGGAGAAAUGAUCCUAUGUUAAAACUACCGGGUCCAGUAUUGUUGAGUACAUUCUUUCGUUUAUCAUUUUUAUUACGUGAACUACUGAGUGAAGAAUUAGUAGAUGUCAAUGACUUAAAAAUACAUCCAAAUAUUUUUUAUUUGGAAAAUUACAAUUUUUUUGGAAUCGAACGAAUAGGAGGUACAUUUUCUUAUUUGAAAAAUAUGUAUAAAGAAAUUAUCAAAUCGAAACUGGGACUUCCCUCUGACAGCCAAAACGAUGAUGAUAUUGAUACCGACAUAGAUGAUGAUGUGAUAGAGAUCAAUUCGGCUGCUGGUUUAAUUACUAUUUUAACAAGAAUCAUUAGGAAUACAGAAGAUAGAAAUGCAAACAUCCAUAUCGCCGAUGCUGUCAUGAAUAGAAUAUUGUCAUUCGAUCAUUUACCUACUGACAAAAUACAUGUAUUUUCUGUUCUACUAAAUAAUAUAAUGUGUUUAUAUCACGUAGCUAGUCAUAGACAAUUAAUUGAA